AUUAGAUUUUUUUAUCUACCAACAUACAGAAACUAAUGCAGAAACAAUUAUCAAUCUGAUGAUGAAUGAACUUGGAAGCUCAUUAAUAAGUGAAUUUAGUGAAUGCUGGAGAACUGAGUAGUGGUGAUUAUUUGAAAGUGAUUAGAUUUGCUAUAAAUCACUGUCAUUAGCUGUUAAUAAUAUCAGUGAUAAAAUGAAUGACGUUAUAAUAAUCGAGAAACAUGUAAUUUUUUGUUCCGACACUCCCCCAUUGAAAAUUAUACGCGAAAAAAUGGAAAAGACUGUAAUCAAGUUUAUUGUAGAAAACAAUGAAGUAACGGAUUAAAGUGAAAUGUGCAAUAAUGCUCAGUCUCAUAGAACGUAAAACAAGUGGGAUGUCAUGGCCUACGGCAACUCAUCCUAAUUUGAACUUUAGCAAACUCGUGACAAAGCCUGUAGGCGAUAUGAUCCUGCGACGUUCAUCAGAGCAGGAAACUCCAAAGCCAAGACACCGAUCAUCUGUUUGGCAACGUAACAGUAAAGGUUUGCUUUGUGCUCUCGGUCAAUUUGGUUGCAGUGAUUCCCACUACAGUCCUGAUACCAUCGGGACAUGGAAGUUCCAUCGGGUUUCGCGUCCAAGCCAUGAGGGGAUGAGCGCUGGAGGCGGUGAUGGAGCUGGCGGUAUCCAGACUGGAGGUGGUGGAAAAAAUACUCCACCUCAUGGCUCGCCUACCCCUAUGGACAAAGCCACCUUGAAGGUUCACUUACCUAAUGGUGGAUUUAAUGUCGUCAAGUUUGGAGAUGCGAUCGAUGUCAAAGGAAUAAUUUCCCUGGUGACCAGUCGAUUGGCCGUUGGAACAAGAAACUACAAAAAUCUGUACGCCAUGAGAUUACAUCAUCCAGGAUCUGGAGAGAGUUAUUGGCUCCAUCAGGACACAACAAUGUAUCAAGUGCAAGAGAAAUAUGAGCGAAAACACCCUCACUCUGAGUGGAGGUAUGAACUACGGGUCCGUUAUUUACCUCAGAACCUUAAUGAUUUAUAUGAGAAAGAUAAAGUCACAUUUUACUACUAUUAUGAUCAGGUACGGAACGAUUAUCUGAAUGCGAAUCACUCAACGCUAGAUCAAGAUGUGGCCGUCCAACUAUGUUGCUUAGAGAUACGAUAUUUCUUCAAAGACAUGCCGCAAGUGGCUCUCGACAAGAAGAGCAACCUGGAGUACCUGGAACGAGAGGUAGGAUUGCAUAAAUUCCUUCCACGCUCAGUGCUGAACGGCGUGAAACCGAAAACAUUGCGAAAGCUCAUUCAGCAACACUUCAAGAAGGUCGCUGCUCUCACUGAGCUCGAAUGUAUGUUCAAGUUCUUCGAUCUUCUACGCUCGCACUAUAGAUUUGAUCAGGAAAGGUUUAUAUGCGCAUUAGGGUCGAGCUGGUCAAUUCCAGUUGAACUAGUUAUCGGUCCAGAUCUUGGGAUCUCAUACAUGGCACAUCGAGGUGGAACAGUGCCCACGAGAAUGGCUGAGUUCUCUCAAAUUCAAUCGAUUCAAACUCUUGUUUCCGACUGUAAAGAACAUGCCAAAGCUUGUAUUAAACUUAGAGUUGCUGGAGCCUCAGAGACACUUAGUAUCACUUGUUCAAGUUUGGAUCAAGCUGAAAGUCUGGCUGAUUUAAUCGAUGGUUACUGUCGGUUAACCACAGGAUCUAACACUUCGCUAUGGAAUAGAAAAGCUGCUUCAUGGAAAAAUUACCCAUGUCCCUGUAAAGAUGCUCAUCCACCAAAGUACCGACAAGAUAAUAGUGGUAGCCCUGAGAAAAACGCCGGAAAGACUGGAACAAUUUUAUCGGAGGAUUAUGCAGAGAUUGUUGACGAAGAGGGCGAUUACUCCACACCAGCUGCUCGUGACUACGAAAUAGUUAGAAAUCAAGUAGAGUUAGGUGAGAUAAUAGGCGAAGGACAGUUUGGAAAUGUUCAUAAGGGAUCGUACAAAGGUCGAGACGGUCAGACAAUUGCUGUCGCUGUUAAAACGUGUAAGGUCGACGCCGAUCUUGCGACCGCUGAAAAAUUCUUGGAAGAAGCUUACAUAAUGCAGCAGUUUGAACAUCCAUACAUAAUAAGAUUGAUCGGCGUUUGCUCAGAGGCACCAAUCUGGCUGGUAAUGGAACUGGCACGGUUAGGUGAAAUGAGGGCAUACUUACAGAACAAUAAACAUCGUCUUGAUCUCGCUACUCUUUUGCUCUAUACAUUUCAAUUGAGCACAGCACUGUCUUAUCUUGAAAGUAAAAAAUUUGUUCAUCGAGAUAUUGCAGCAAGGAAUGUUUUAGUAUCAUCUCAUACAUGUGUAAAGCUUGCUGAUUUUGGUUUAAGUCGAUGGGUGGAGGACCAAAGUUAUUAUAUCGCUAGUAAAUGUAAAUUACCUAUAAAAUGGAUGGCACCUGAGAGCAUUAACUUUAGACGAUUUACGACGUCGUCCGAUGUAUGGAUGUUUGGUGUUUGCAUGUGGGAAAUAUUGAUGUUAGGAGUCAAACCAUUCCAAGGAGUAAAGAAUAAUGAAGUGAUACGUAAACUAGAAAAUGGAGAACGAUUGGCUCUUCCUGAUCGAUGUCCUCCGCGUUUAUAUUCUUUGAUGUCUCAAUGCUGGAGUUACGAACCGAGUAAACGACCAACUUUCAAAGACAUUCGAGAAAACUUGCAUGAAAUUUUAUUGGAAGAAAGACAUCAGCAGCAGGAAACGAUGAAACGUGAAAACCGUCGAGUGCAAGCUAUGUCCUGGGGAGCAGAUGAUGUUCCACCUCCUAAACCUUCGAGACAACCUCAAACAUCCAUGGAGCCCGUUCAGGUAUCGACAACAGCAGCUCCCGUGUCCACAUAUAUCGUUGCGCAGAGUCCAGAGGUGUUAGCUCAACUAUUAAAGGAUAACCAAGCUCGGGGGGUAUGUCCCUCUGUGUACACGACGCCUGCCUCUGCCUUCAAUACGCUUGCGGUUCAGUUUCAAGAUGAUCAGCAAGUUCUUACUACUGCUACUGUAUCAGACUUACCUUUCUUCGAACCUACCGUUUCCGAACCCAGUAGCAUCGGCUACAAUGAAUGUCCAUCUGCAGAUUCAGCUCAAUCAGAAGCGAAUCUAGACUCCCUUGACUCUACAGAUACAAUGUCAUCCAUUAUGUCUAAUCUUAGCAUGUCGGAUUCUAUUCAAACGCAAUCACCUGCCGCGAAUCGAAAGCAACAGCAACAACGUAAGGUUAAAGAGAUGCAAAAUUUAUAUGCAGUCAGUUCGAAGGUGGUUGGUAAUGUGACAGGUGAUUUAUAUUCACCUGUUCAAAAAUUUUCGGUCUCUUCUGGCGUACCAGUAUCUACUGUGACAUCUGUGAGUGGUGAUAUUUAUGGUCCCGUUGCGAAUUUUACUCAAAGCUCAGCAAUUAUCGGUAAUUUUAGUCAGGGUCCAAAUGUCGGUAGUAAUUUUAGUGAAAAUAUUGAUAAUUCCGGGCCCAAUAGUUUCAAUAAUGUUACAAAUCAUCAAGUUCCUACUAGUCUGAUGUCUCAGCAUGCACAAAAUCAACCUAUCUUUUCUCAGUUUGCCAAGUGUUCUUCCUCAGGUGUUUCUCAGGCAUCUGGUGGCGGUCAGAGCUCGGUUAUGUCCUCAUCAAAUUUAAAGAAUGCUAUUGGUGGUGGGGUUAGUUCAGCUAUUCCCGUUUCAGGCACUGAAUGUUUGUACGGUCCUGUGUUAAAAUUCCGUGCACAAACAGCUCACAGUCAAGUCUGCACUGAUGCAAAAUCUGCAUCUUCCGUUGGGCAAUUUGCUCAAAACUCGCGAGUUUAUAGUCCGCCAACACAAAAUUUCCAACAACAAACAGUACAUGCACAAAAUUAUCAACAUCAACAACAUCCAAAUUUUGGACAAGGUGGAUCAUCAGUGCAUGAGAUAAGAGCAAAAUAUAUUGCCAAUAUUCAGCAAAUGAAUCAACAACAAGCACCUAUUGUUACUCCAACACAAUACCCGGUUCAUGGACAAGCUAAUGGAGUAGCACCAACUUAUACAGUCCAAUCAACCCCAGCCAUGGUUGUUCAGGCGCAGAAUUCAUCUCAACAGGGAUUUGAAAACCAAACACCAACCAGUGGUUAUAUUAAUCCAUCAGUCAAUCAACAAUAUUCAGCAAUGGUGCACGUAUCUCAUCCACAAUUCGCUGUACCGAUACAGCAAAUUAAUCAGCCUCAAUAUUCAUCUUCACCAGUAAAACAUAUGCCAAUAAAUUCUGGAGGUAUCGGUGAUUUUAAUCAACAAGGUGUCAAUUGUUCAAUUGCUAAUGCACAGAUGGCAAACGUCAGUCCACAAUCAUCUAGACCUAGUGGACCACAAGUAGCCACUGGCAUUGCUAAAAUAACGACUUUUGUUAGUUCUAAUACAGAAGAACAACUCGUGAGCUCCAUCGAUGGUACUUUAUCCAGCUCGCUGGUUUCUUCAGCUGUCAGCGACAGUACCAUGUCAUCUAGCGGCUCAAUCUUAGAAGAGGUUCAGCAAGAUCAGAGAAAUACACAGUCGCAAUUGUUUGACAAUACUACUGAAAAUAUUCAUAACAGCAUCGAUGAAGAACAAAAAUUAUUGGAACAAAGACUUUUUGAACAACAAAGGCAAUCGGAGGAAGAUGGCCGAUGGCUUGCAAGAGAGGAAAAGCGAUUAUCCAUUGCUACAAGUGGCGAUGAGAGUGCGAGUCCUCCUAUUCCACGUUCCAUGACCCAAUCACCAGCUCACGAGACUCAUAGUGCCAAUACAAGUUCGUUUGGUUCGGAUAAAAGUGGUGACAAAAUUAUUGUCGUCAAGAAAAUGGAACCCACACCUACUGCUGAUCUAGACCGAACAAAUGACAAAGUAUACGAUUGUACAACCAAUGUUGUUCGAGCUGUAAUGUCCUUAUCUCAAGGAGUUCAACAAAGUAAAGCUGAUCAGUAUUUAGAACUGGUACGAAGAGUAGGAAUUGACCUCAGAUCGUUGCUAUCUUCAGUAGAUAGUCUUGUAGACAUUUUACCUGCAACAGCGCAUCGACAGGUUGAAAUGGCUCAUAAAGUAUUAAGUAAAGACAUGGCUGAUCUUGUGACCGCAAUGAAAUUGGCUCAGAAUUACAGUUCUACUACUUUGGAUGCUGAAUAUAGAAAGGGAAUGUUAUCUGCUGCUCACGUUUUAGCGAUGGAUGCAAAGAAUUUACUCGAUGUUAUAGAUUCAAUUCGUAUUCAUUAUCCGUAUGUAGAUAAUCAGAUUUGCGAGAGGCACCACGAAAACAUUUGUAACACCCGUCAAUCAACUCCAGAGCAUCGGAUUCGUUCAAGUCAAUCAGGAGAACAGCUCUUGAGACGAAGUCAAUCAACUGAGAGGUCGGAAAUGACUUUCAGACAAAGUCAAAGUGGAGAUGUAUUACACAGAUUAGAUGGUAGACAAGUUGAUCGUUCAUUACCUGGUAGUCCAUCGGACGGAAGUUCAAUGUCUAGCCUAGAGCGAAGACAUCGCAUAGUGACCAACAGCUUAGAGAGGAAUUCAACUGCAAGAAAACAAACAGCUACGAACAGCUUAGAACGGAAACGACCAUCAAUACCUUGCACAGGUUCUCCACAUAAUUCAAUAAGUUUGCCGCCAAUUGUACCCGUUUCCUGCAAUGUAGUGCAGACGACAGCGCCAAUUAUUCAUCCAAGUCAAAUGAUAACGAAAGAUUUGAGCCAGUCUCCAUCAAUUUAUCCAAACAAUGGCAAGGAUAUAAGUGAAGUUGCAUCAAAUGACAGCUAACAGAACAAUGUUUUAUCUUCAUUUGCACGGUUCGAGACUUUCAAUAGUGUUUAAAUAAAAGCCAAGUCAUUCGUUAUCACGUGAUAAUCAGUAUCCAUAUAAAUCCAUAUUCAUUAAUAAUUCCAAGUAAACGUGAACAUACGCAUCAUCGUCUGUAUAUAAAGUGAAUGAUCAUUCAUUUAGAUAUAUUCAGAUUAUGCAUAAAUAUAUUUUUUUUCUCAAGUCUAAGCGAUCGAUUGUGCUUGUCCGAUUUUUAUAAUUUCAUACUUUAUACAUUUUUGUCAAAGUGUACUUACACAUAGGACAGUAUUCUCUAGAUUUAGCAUUCAUCAGCGACGAUUCCAUGAGAUGAAAACUAUUUUUUCUGUUGUCUAAUUUUUUUAUCAAAUUAAAUUUUAUUUUGUUACUUUAUAAAUUGAUUUAUUGUACGAUCGAAAAAUUCACUUUUGUGUUAUAUUCAAAGUAUUCAAUCAUAAUAAAAUGAUGUUAUAUAAAGAAGAAAUAAAUUAAGUGGAGAUUUAUAAAAUUUAUCUGUAUUUGUAUAAAUUGUUUUUAUUGCGUUUAUAAGGAAGAAUUCUUUCACAUGGAAUCAGCUAUGAAUAGAAGAAACCUUAUCAAACAGUCAAGGCGAGAAUUAUAAAAAAAAAAACUCCAAAGCUUUAGAGUAUUCGUCAGUAUAUUCAUUAUUUUAUAAUAACUAUUACAAUAGGGUGAUUCAAAUGAACUGCUCAAUUCAAUAAAAACUAGGCAUAUCUGUUUGCAACAUGAAGCUAUAGUAUGCAUACGAAGAAACGCUAAAAUAAUAUAACAAUAAAAUAGUAUGAUAACAAUGGAGCAUGCAGCUUUCAUAUUAUUCCUGAUUCUUGAAAGAAGCUUUUAAAAUUUUUUGAAUAACGAAACUGUUGCAAAAGUUUAAAUUUUACGGUAAAACUGUGUAGGGUGAAUGUAGUAUCAUUGUUUCACCCCCUAGCAGAUAAAUAUAUUCAUAUUAUGAAUUAUUGUAUAUUGAUGUGGUAAUAUAUUUGAAUAGUAUCCUCAUUAAUAUUUUGCGUCGACAAAUUGUAUUUUUAACAUAUAUACCACUGAUUCAUUGUUGCAUCGUAGAAUUAUUUGAACACAUGAAGUAUUUGUUAUUGAAAUCGAAUUGUAACAAAAGCAAAAAUUCAUUCUUUGAUUAUAUCCUCACUUGACAUUUCAAAUUACAAUCGGAAAUCUCCAUUAUUCCAUUAAAUUCGGGGCCAGCGAUUUCAAAUUAUAGCCCGUUUAUAAAAUUAAUGACGAAAGCGUUGAAUUUUUGUAAUUUUGGAGCAUUUUAGAGACUAUUGGACUGUGCACAUUACCAGUAAUUUGAUAAAUAGAUUCGUAUUUGUACUAAUUUAGAUAUUGAUAACAUUUUACCACGUUUAUAGAAAAAAAUACGAUGCAGUUUUUAUCAACUAAGUGACAGAAUAAUUAAAUGAAACAAUGAAACUCGAAGACAUUUUUAAUACAAGAAAACUUUUUCAUUUGUAUGCCAGUUUUGUAAACACAGUUAAUUUAUUUUUAUGAUACAACAAUUGAUUAUUUUUUCAAUACUCUGGCUGCGAUAAAGAUGAGAAAUAUUUCCAUUAUUUGAAUGUAUGUUAUUAUGUUUAAAACCUUGUAUAUAUUAUUUUUAUUUCUUGUAAAUUAUGUUAUAUAGUGUGCAUUUUUUAAAUUGAUUUGCAGAUAUUUUUGUUUGUACAUUAAAAUUUAUAUGUAUCAAUUUCAAUUUCGAGAUUUUACUAGAAAAAGCUGUCAUUUAAAUUUAUUCAUUAUAUAAUUACAAUAUCUUGUUAUAAAUUAUCAGAAUUCGUGGUUGUCAUUAAAUGAAUUAUGAAAAGUUUAUAUUCAUCUGAUAAACUAAAUUAUAAUAAAUGUUAAAUAACAGUUUAAAAAAGACUUACUUUAAGUGAGCCUACGCAAUAAAUAUUCCUUGGAAAUAUCAAUAGAUUAAAAAAUUUCAUAUUCGUUUGAACUCGAAACGCACAUUUUUGAUGACAAUUUAUU